UAAUUCAAGCAAUGAUCAUGAUCAAGAAUGUCAAAACGAGGAGCCACGCAAGCAAGGUGUGAAUGAGGCUUCAUCCUUGACCACCUUGACCUCCGUAAAGGAUAUUUUACACUGCAGGACUGCAGGGAAACAAGCCCAACAAAACAAGGAGCUUGCUUCAAAAGUUCAAGAUAAUUCCACACUUAACUCCGGGGCUUCCACCUUGUUGAGUGCAGGUUAUUUUUGUGAAGUACAGUCACUAGUGGAUAGUGAUUUAUUCUUGUUGCCGGCGGAAUCCACAGCGCCUUCUUCUACCUUGAUCAUUGAACAGUCUAGAAAUCUGCAAUAAUUAAUAAUUGCACUCGCAUUCAUAUGAUUACCUAUACAUAUUCAAUUAUAAGUAAUUGCAUUGACUUGCUGUUUUCAUUUCACUAGCAGUGAAUGGGAAGAAUGGCAAUCGAUGGUCAUCAGUUACUUAAUGAGUUGGUAAGUAAGAGAUAAAAGUGGGUGUCAUACAAGUAAUUUAUGAGACCAACAAAAAAUCUGCAGUCAUAUGCUGGGUGUUGUCUUUCAGGGAUGUAAGCCUCUUUUCUCUUUACUUCCUGAUUGGUAAAUCUGUGAAAAAGUGACUGACUGAUUGACUGAAUGAUUGAUUGAUUGAUUUAAUGAAUGAAUGAAUGAAUGAAUGAUUUAUGAGUGAGUGAAUGAAUGAAUAAAUCAUGCUUAGCAAUCCACUUAUAUUCCUUAGGCAGAAUAGUCAGUUAACAGGCCUCUCCACAAGUCAGUCAGUCAGUCAAGUUAACCAGUGUGGAUGCUAUCUAUUAUUGAAAAUACCACUUUGUUUGUUUUAUUGUGGAGUAGCUCUAGGUGUCUACAACAGAAGCUCGUCAGCAUACCAAGCUUUGAGGGACCUGAAGAUUUUGCAACUGCCUCAUUCUAAAACUCUGAAGCAGAUAAUCAAAGAUGGCUCUGAGAAGGCUGGUAUUGAUGAUGAGUACCUCUAUGGUCAACACAAUGCCUAUGUCAAAUACCACAAGGAGAGAGAGGAGGAAGGACACCUCAGACCAUUAGGAAUUAGAGUCAUGAUGUGGUAUAAAGUCAAGAUCCAGACGAAAGUUGCAUGGAACUUGAAUGGAGGUGGAAUAACAGGAUGCUGCACAUCAGAGGAUGAGCUAAAGGUGUUACAUGAUGUGUUCAGUGCAACCAUGCAGCCUGGUGCACAGAAAGCCUCGUAUAUAGUUCAAUUUCUGUGGCACGACUUAACAUCAAGUUUUGAUUUCAUUGGUCGUUAUUUUCCAACUGGAAGCUCAACGGAUUCCAGUGUUCUACAAGAACUGGUAAUGACAACCCUUAAAGCAUUUAACAGUUAUGCAUUUAAAGUCUCCAUUCUUCUGUGUGAUGGAACAUCAUCAAACUUGACUGUAAUGAAGAUUCUUUCUGGGCAACCAAGAACACCGUUUCCUUCAAGACCUGAUGCUGAAACACUUAGGGAAAGAUUCUUUGUAGAAGCAUCCUUCUCAAAUCCAGAGGACCCAGUUGACAACCCUAUUUUCUUAAUGAUAUGUCCAAGCCACCAGGUAUUUUUUUCUUUACAACUGUAUUUUGACCAGAUAGACCAGCUUUCACCCUGAAGGUCUAUCUGGUCAAAAUAUAGGUGUACAGAAAAAAUGUUAUCUUCAUUAGUAGCUGAUUGUAGAUAUACAUGUACAUAUAUAUAAAAUAAAGUGGGAACAGAAAAUUACACAACUAAACAACCUUACUCUUCAUAAAUUUAUACAUGACAAUGCCUUCCCAUUCAACAGACAAAGUACAGUCUGCAGUGGUGCAUUAAAGGUUAAAAGAACAGGUAAUGCACUGUAAUUAUUAAUUUUGGGGUUUAUGAAUGAUCUGGCGUUGCUAUGGACUCUGUAUUAUUUUGCAUGGCUCAAUUUUCAACUUGGUUAGAACAGUUCAUACCACUGUCCUUACUUUGUUUUCUUUCAAUCAGUACAUUGAGUCUCUCUUUUUCAUUUUUGACAGGUUAAGAACAUGAUAGCUGCCCUCUAUAGCUCAAGGCAACAAGGUACAAAGGAAGUUACUAAAGACAACCACCAAUUUGUUUGGAAAACAGUCAAAACAGUGUUUGCCCGAGAAAUGGAACGGGAAGAAAAUGGACUCAGUUGCAAGGUCCCUGGACUAAAGUAUGCUUUUGUUUACUGGGACAGCUGGACACAUUUGAAUGUACAGCCAGCCAAAAUAAUUGACUUUCCUGUAAAUAUGAACAUGUUUGGCCAUACCACAAUUUCACUUGGAUAUUCCCUAAUUUUAGUUGGGACAUAUUGUGUCAUGUUGAACAAUCACACACAAGCAAAAAUAUUCUAAAAAUAAAUGGCUUAUACCAUGGAAUAUUUUUCCUAAUAUUAGAGCUUUAUUAUUAUAGCAAUGAUUUAUGAUUGCUGCUAUUCGAGAUCUUGCCAGAGAACCAAACCAGGAGGCAAGUGGGAAGACAGCAGCAUACUUAGAUGCUUGCAACCUGCUUUUUGAACAAGAACUUCUCAGCAGGCGGAGGGUCAACAACAGAGACAGCCCAGUUCUGGCCAAUAUUAAGAGGGAGAUGUCUUUCUUUGAAGAAUGGUGUGUUGCUCAUGAUGCUACAGGUAAUUGCUGAAGCCUGCAUUAACAAUUACUGUAUUGCAAGUGUUGAAAUACAGGCAAAACGUUAUAAUAAGCUCUCUUUCCCUCUUCUUUCUGAAACUGUUGUUGGUACCAUACAGUGAAUUGAAAAGCCCAUUAAGCUGCCACCUCUAUUGGCUCUAUAAGCCACUUGAGUCCAGCAUGAUAAAAAGGUGAUCUAUGUUUAAAAUACUUUGCCUGCCAACACAAGUUGAUCUGAAAUAUAAAUGAAAUAUUUUAAAGAAAAAUACUCAGUUAACUGAAUUAUUCUACACCUCAUUGAUUGCAGUAUACACAGACAAUUCCAAGAAAGCCUGACAGAAGAAGUUUUAAGCAUGGCAGGUAUAUAUUGGUCUGGCUUAGAAUUCCCUUCAUAAAAAGUUUUGUUUCAUUAACAACUGACUGAAGGAUUCUUGCAAGUCAGCUAUCUGACGUGUUUAUAAAUAAUUUACAUAACUGUACAAGCAUACAACUGACUGGAUAUCCAUUUCAUCCUUCACUAAUUUUCUAUUUCUCUUUUUUAGACCUGGGAUCUUCUACGCCUUGUGGUCAAUGGCUUUCUGUCAUUCUGUGACUUGUUGUUGACAAUGUUUCUCCAAAUGGCAAAUAUUUUAUCAGUCCACUCCGCGUAAAUGGAAGUGCUAUUGAAUCAAUUUAUAGCUUCCUCAAGUUUUCCAGUGGAGGGAAUUUGUCCGCCCUAUCCUAUGGUUGUUCUCUUGGGAAACUGAUCAAUAGGAAAGGACAUGAUACAGAAUAAAAACUCUAAAACGGGUUAUAGGGAUGUGGUUUUGAAUAUUAGUGGCAAUGCUGCUGCUAAUGUUGCAUGUUCCACAAGCAACUUGGUGAUACCUUGUCUAAGUCUGUCAAAUUGCCUCUGCAUUUUCGCUUUCCCAACAAGCAUUUCCCAGUCCACAAUUGGAGAUAGGUUUGGUAGCAGUGCAUGUACCUUAAUUGCAGUGAAAUUUGGGUCUUACUGUUUCAAGAAUAAAUUAGAUUUGUCACUUCUCUGGAAUCAACCUCCAGAUAAGUGGUUGAAUUCCUUUGUUAAUGCCAUAUGUGAUGGAAAUGAGGUUUAUGAUGAGCUGUAUAGUAAUACUGCUGUUUAUCUUGAUGUAGAAGAUGCUGUCAAUGCAGUAGGGGGUUUAUUUAGUGUAGAGUCAGCUGAUCAAAUAUUUGCAUUUGCACUUUUGACAGCAUUCUGGUAUGAAAUUUAGCUCUUAGAGGAACUGUUGGGUCUCUAAAUCUAAAUAGAAUCACUGAAGGAUAGCUCUGAAAAGAAUUGUUAAAUUUUAGCUCUGAUAAGCACAGUUAAACUGUUUGAGCAUGCAGUUCAUAAACAGAUUUCACCAACAAACUGCUUAUCAGACAGGCACCCAGGACAGAAUGAACAUUAAAAGUUCAAAACUGAAAUCCAAAUGCAUUUGCUUUGUUUUUUUUUUGGCAAACUGAAAAAUUUCCGCUUGUUCGGGAGUGAGAAUUUCACGCAUAUGCACCAUCAAAGAAUAAAUUUCACCUUUCAAUCAUUGGUUCCAAGACAAAAGUUGUAUUCAAAAUGAAAGUUAACAGAAGUGAAGAAAAGGCCAGUGCAUCAAAUGUCCUACUACCAACACUACUUUACAAUACAAAACAGCGAAUGGCACCUAACUUUCCAGAUUUGACAUAUAUGCUCCGAAUGCAUUCGCAGGGUUUCAAAUAACCCAUCAAGCAUUAACGGUUCCCGGUGAAAUCUGAUGCAGUUUACUAUCACACGGUGUUGAUUUGCAUAUAGUUCCAUCCCACCCCGACCGAGUACUGUUUUUGUCAAGUGGACACGGUUGCUAAGCUUCGAUUUUCAAAUCUGGUAUCCUCACCGUUGGCUAUAUGCAUGAUGCAGCAGCGAGAGAGGCAGAUUUGAGCUGGUAAACGUGUGAUUUUCAGGCCGUUGCGAUGAGAUUUGUGAACCAAUAAUCGACAGACUGGGAAGCAAGUUAUUCACGCUUUGGCUGAUGGUGAUUUGAAGCAGUCACGUUCAUUCCUUGGGAAUAUUUUGGCCUUUGCAGUAUCAUGGUUCAAUUCUGAGCCAGCCAGGCUUAUGUUGUUUCUAGUGGGACACACCACCAGCCCUAACGUGCUGAAAAUACUUCAAAACAGCCUCAAACACCGUGAAACAACAAAGAAUACGACAGGAAAGCAAGGUAACUCAGUUUUAUUCACAGAACAUUAAAUUUUAGGUAUUUAAAGCAAACCAGUAAAGUUCCCACACAAACCCUUGUAAAUUGCAUCUUUGUAACACAAUACUGCUCAAAGGCAAGAGUCAUGGUUGCGUAUGUUUCAUUUACAUUAACUAUUUCCUCUCAUCUCGUGUGCGGGUCACCUGUGGAAAAACAGAAAUUCAUCAUCUUCACAACAGCUUGCUUCCUGUACCACCAAAUUAUCAGCAAGUUCCUCUAUCAAUGAGAGGACAGCUGCAUCACACACAACGGCCAUCUUGUUUUUAUUUUCAAAUUUAGCACUUUUGUGCACUUUUGCAUUCCACUGACACCUGCUCAGCAAUAUUUUGCGCUUACUGUCAUGGUAACUGAUCAUACAAACCAAAGUCCUGUUCCUUUGGUACACCGUGAUCCGAGUGAUCUUGGAUCAUAAAUCCUGAUCCUGAUCCUUCCAAAGGAAUGCAACCAUAGUGUAUUAUCAUUUGUCUCACAAGGCAGUCACUUGAGAUGUAAACUUGAUCUGCUUCAAACAAACUUGAUCUGCUUCUAUGUAACUUCUCCGAAGUCAUAGACCUGUUUCUACAACUUCUCCUUUGCAAAAUGAAUUUCCCUCUGACCAUUAUUUGGUGGACUUUUUUAUCCGACUGAAAUUCAAGCGAUCAAAGCGUGUGCUCUGUAAUACUUACGACUACAAAAGGGCAGAUUUUGAUGAUCUGCGAAGUCUCCUACAGCUGCUACCUUCUGACAUGUUGCACUCCGACGAUGUUGACAUCUAUUGGUCUUGGUGGAAAGAUUUAUUUCUAGCAGCAGGUGUUGAAUGUGUCCCAAUGAAGACCAUUAGAGACACCAACUCUCCUCCUUGGAUAGACGGGGAAGUUAAGUCUGCAUUACGCAAAAAGUACCGUGCCCUGAGGAAAUAUUGUGAAAACAAAACCGUGGAACGGAAGCUAAAGCUUAGAUCUUUAAGCAACGAAAUCAAGAAACUUGUUCGACAAAAACAUCACGACUAUCUCCUUAAAAUUUAAGGCUCUUUAAAGGAAAACCCUAAACUAUUCUGGAACUAUCACAAAGCUAUCCUACAUCAUCGACCGGGCUCGAAUACUGAGAUCACCUUUGACGGGAAAUCAGCAAAAACUGUAGCCGAAAAGGCUGAGCUUUUUAAUGCUUAUUUCUGCUCUGUGUUUACAUCAUCCAAGGAGGACAAAGCAUGCAGUCUGCAAAUGUAUCCCAUGAGAAUAAAUAUGGAACUUUCUGAGAUCACACUAUCUUUCAAUGAGGUGAGAGACUGCUUGUUUAUUUUGGAUCCGUCAAAAGCCACUGGCCCCGAUGGAAUUCCUGUGCAUAUUCUUAAAGAGUGCAGUGAGCAGAUCGCGCCAAGUCUUUGUUCCCUAUUCAACCAUUCUCUGCGUACAAAGUUGGGGAAAAUUGCAAUAACUUGAAACAUAACCCAGUCGCAGAUCUGGUCAAAAUGGUCUGGGUCUGGUACAAUUUGUGCAGUCAACCCGGAACAUCAGUCAAAUGACAGUUGAACAUAAUCUACUGUUAGUGAGAUAAUGUGAGUAAAAGGUUGUGACUUCAGUUGAAGUUCCAAAAUGUAUAUAAAGCCAGGGAGACCAUUGAGUUCUUGGCAAAGUAAUUAAAGCACAUCAAUGUUUUUUAAGAUUUCUUGGUUACCUUUUUGGUUUGAUCGGUAAGUGCUUGCAGUGAGGAUUGAGUAAGGAAGCUUGAGUAUUCUGAAGUACAGACUUUCAUCGUAGAAUUUCAAUACUGAUAAACUAAGUCAAUAAAUUUUAUACCUUUUUGAAAACUCUGAAUCAAUGCUCUUUUAAUUAAGCUGUGCAAAGGUGAAACAUUCAUGUUGUGUAGUGACACCGCAUAUAAUAGGGUUCUCUUUGAGUUUAGAAUUCUGAAGCAAAUUUUAUGACAAUCUUUUCCCACAUAUAGAGACAUAUAAAGAUAUACACUGUAGUACUUGAGUAAUGCAAGGAUUUAAUGCAACCAAAAAAAUAGUUCUUAGGUUAUGGGCAUGCACUUCAAUGUUUCAAAAAUGUAAUGAGGAGCCUCAGCACUAGGUUCAUCCCAGGUUGCCCAUUUAAAAUUCUCUUUCCCACAAGCCUGCUAUUAUUCUGAAAAUAAUAAUUGUCCAUUAAAUGAAGAAGACAAACCUUUUACUUCUGCAGUUCCAGUCAGAGAAAUGCAGGCCUUGAGGACCGUGGUCUCAGUAUCCCCUGUCAGAAGGACAACUGGACACAAGCCCCCAGCCUGCACAAUCUUCUCAUACCCUAGGCUCAUUACUGUUCCACCAAGAGCCAUAUGGGAGAAGUAAUGGCGACGUAAAGACAUGUGUUGCUGCCGCCCACCAAUCUUUCUGCUCUGCUUUUGGUAAAUGGCCGUUUUUUUCAGUCAGUUUUUGAGCAAAAGAAAAACCAUAUCCUCAGACCGUUCCGACGAAUCAUCUCUUUCGCCAGAAAUCAAAAAAACGAAGCCAUACUCCUUGCCAACGUAUCACGAAGACGAAAUAAUGACAGCUCUCAGUAUGACACAAGAUGUUGGUGCAACUCUACAAGCAAUCUUAGCAAAGCUGGAAAAGCUUGAUUCAAUAGAAUCCACCGUGAAGAAAAUUGAAGCCAAUCUCGAGAACUUAGAGAAACAAACCCAAAGGCUAGAAGAUUUCCAAACAACAGCGAAGAAAGAUAUUGACGAUCUAAAAGAAGGGAUCAACUUUACUGGACAGCAACUCAAGGAUAAGACAGAAGCUAUGGAGAAGGCACAUCGACUCUAUGAAACUCAAUUAGCAGAGCUCACGACAAAAUGCCAGAAAAAUG